UUGACCAUUGUGUUCUUUGCGCUCUCUGGUCUUGAUGUCCUGGAUUCCCUUAAUGUAAUAGAUAAGCCCAGCUUGAUUGAAUGGGUCUACUCACUACAAGUUCUUCCUACAGAAGACCGUAAGUGCUACCUUGUAGGUUAUAUUGUUUUGGGGCAUUCACGGCCUUCAGGAGGCACACACAUACACGUAAUUCACUUCAUUUUGGUGGAACAGAAGAAGGCCAAACUAAACAGUCAGCUAAAACCAACUGAACUUUUUGUAUCCCUUGGUACACUGUUUUAAACCAUAGAAGCCCAGUCUUCUAUGGUUUAGUGGUUAUUUGCGCUCUAUUCUUAGAUGAUAUGCAUAAUACACUGUGCCAAGUCGAUCAGUGUGAAUUCUAGGGCCAUUUAGCUGUAACAGUGGACAGUAUACUAAAACAGGUUUAGGUGGACCACAAAUCACACUUCUAAAUCAUACAGGAUGUAGCGUCUUUGUGCUGUAUGUGUCAGGCAUUGAGUUUGUGAGACAUGUAUUUGAGUUUGUGAGACAUGUAUUUGAGUUUGUGAGACAUGUAUUUGAGUUUGUGAGACAUGUAUUUGGCCAGCAGCCGUACUUUUCCUCUUGCCCCACCCAACAUCCUGUAGUUUGCUGUGCAUCAUUUAUGAGCUCACUCCUCUGUAUGAUGGGCAUCAGCCACUUCUGACCAUCUGCUCAGUUUUUUAAUUAUUCAGGCGAUGAACAGAAAUCAUAUUAGGAACUUGUUUGUCGAUUGGACAUGGAAAGCUACAAACAUAUGUUACUUGUCUGACCUGUUACUUUUAUAAUUAACAUUAUUAUUAUAAUGCAGUAGUUUCAGCUGCUAAUAUUCCGUUCUUUGUCAGAGACACUCCCAUUCCUCCUUUAUGAAGCUGACCUUAUAGCUAUCUAUCCAUUAGAUGGCAGCAUUGCACAUAGUUGAGUUGCCCCACAGCAACAGACAAUGCCUUCAUUUGUGUUCAUGGACUAGUAUAAUAUAGUAUCAGAGUAGGAGUGCUGAUCUAGGAUCAGUUUUGUAUUUGAAAUAAUAAUGAAUAAGAUCGGAAAGUAUUCAGACCCCUUGACCUUUUCCAAAUUUUGUUAUGUUAGUCUUAUUCUAAAAUUGAUUACAUAGAUUUUUUUUCCCUCAUCAAUCUACACACAAUACCCCAUAAUGACAAAGCAUAAACCGUUUUUAAAAAAAUUGUGCAAAUGUAUUAAAAAUAAAAAACGGACAUAUCACAGCCUCGAGUCUAAUUGGGUAUGAUGCUACAAGCUUUGCCCAGCUGUAGUUGGGGAGUUUCUCCCAUUCUUCUCUACAGAUCCUCUCAAGCUCUGUCAGGUUGGAUGGGGAGCGUCGCUGCACAGCUAUUUUCAGGUCUCUCCAGAUAUGUUAGAUCGGGUUCAAGUCCAGGCUCUGGCUGGGCCACUCAAGGACAUUCAGAGACUUGCCCCGAAGCCACUCCUGCGUUGUCUUGUCUGUGUGCUUAGGGUCGUUGUCCUGUUGGAAGGUGAACUUUCGCCCCAGUCUGAGGUCCUGAGCACUCUGGUGCAGGUUUUCAUCAAGGAUCUUUCUGUACUUUGCUCCUUUCAUCUUUCCCUCGAUCCUGACUAGUCUCCCAGUCCCUGCCGCUGAAAAACAUCCCCACAGCGUGAUGUUGCCACCACCAUGCUUCACCGUAGGGAUGGUGCCAGGUUUCCUCCAGGUGUGACGCUUGUCAUUCAGGCUAAAGAGUUCAAUCUUUGUUUCAUCAGACCAGAGAAUCUUGUUUCUCAUGGUCUGAGAGUCUUUAGGUGCCUUUUGGCAAACUCCAAGCAGGCUGUCAUGUGCCUUUUACUGAGGAGUGGCUUUCCGUCUGGCCACCCUACCAUAAAGGCCUGAUUGGUGGAGUGCUGCAGAGAUGGUUGUCCUUCUGGAAGGUUCUCCCAUCUCCACAGAGGAACUCUGGAACUCUGUCAGAGUGACCAUCGGGUUAUUGGUCACCUCCCUGACCAAGGCCCUUCUCCCCCGAUUGCUCAGUUUGGCCGGGCGGCCAGGUCUAAUAAGAGUCUUGGUGGUUCCAAACUUCUUCCAUUUAAGAAUGAUGGAGGCCACUGUGUUCUUGGGACCUUCAAUGCUGCAGAAAUUUUUUGGUACCCUUCCCCAGAUCUGUGCCAAGACACAAUCCUGUCUCGGAGCUCUACAGACAAUUCCUUCGACCUCAUGGCUUGGUUUUUGCUCUGACAUGCACUGUCAACUGUGGGACCUUAUAUAGACAGGUGUGUGUGCUUUCCAAAUCAUGUCCAAUCAAUUGAAUUUACCACAGGUGGACUCCAAUCAAGUUGUAGAAACAUCUCAAGGAUGAUCAAUGGAAACAGGAUGCUCCUGAGUCUCAUAGCAAAGGGCCUGAAUACUUAGUAAAUAAGGUAUUUCAGUUUUUUAUCUUUACAAAAUUUUUAAAAAAUUAUACAAACCUGUUUUCCCUUUGUCAUUAUGGGGUAUUGUGUGUAGAUUGAUGAAUAUAUAUAUAUUUUAAUCCAUUUUAGAAUAAGGCUGUAACGUAACAACGUGUGGAAAAAGUCAAGGGGUUUGAAUACUUUCCGAAUGCUGUGUGUGUGUGUGUGUGUGUGUGUGUGUGUGUGUAUAUAUUACACACACUCUACCGUUAAAAAGUUUGGGGUCACUUAGAAAUGUCCGUAUUUUUGAAAGAAAAGCAAAUUUUUUGUCCAUUUAAAAUAACAUCAAAUUGAUCAGAAAUACAGUGUAGACAUUGUUAAUGUUGUAAAUGGCUAUUGUAGCUGGAAACGGCUGAUAAAAAAAUAAUUAAAAAAAGGAAUAUCUACAUAGGCAUACAGAGGCCCAUUAUCAUUAACCAUCAGUCCUGUGUUCCAAUGGCACGUUGUGUUUGCUAAUCCAAGUUUAUCAUUUUAAAAGGCUAACUCUUUUGCAAUUAUGUUAGCAUAGCUGAAAACUGUUGUGCUGAUUUAAAGAAGCAAUAAAACUGGCCUUCUUGUGACUAGUUGAGUAUCUGGAGCAUCAGCAAUUGUGGGUUCGAUUACAGGCUCAAAAUGGCCAGAAACAAAUAACUUUCUUCUGAAACUCGUCAGUCUAUUCUUGUUCUGAGAAAUGAAGGCUAUUCCAUGCGAGAAAUUGCCAAGAAACUGAAGAUCUCGUACAAUGCUGUGUACUACUCCCUUCACAGACCAGCGCAAACUGUCUCUAACCAGAAUAGAAAGAGGAGUGGGAGGCCCCGGUGCACAAUUGAGCAAGAGGACAUACAUAAGUUCUAGUUUGAGGAACAGGCGCCUCACAGGUCCUCAACUGGCAGCUUCAUUAAAUAGUACCUGCAAAACACCAGUCUCAACGUCAACAGUGAAGAGGCGACUCCGGGAUGCUGACCUUCUAGGCAGAGUUGCAAAGAAAAAGCCAUAUCUCAGACUGCCCAUCUUAAUCUUUUAUUUUUAUUGGCCAGUCUGAGAUAUGGCUUUUUCUUUGCAACUCUGCCUAGAAGGUGACACACACAGUGCAUUCGGAAAGUAUUCAAACCCCUUGACUUUUUCCACAUUUUGUUACGGUACAGUCUUAUUCUAAAAUGCAUUAGAAGUGUUUCGUCAUGUGUUUGAUCUAGUGUUGCAAGGUAUAUUCCCAAACUUCCAUACUGUGUUUGAUAUAUAUAUACAUACACACAGUACCAGUCAAAAGUUUGUACACAACUACUCAUUCAAGGGUUUUUCUUUAUUUUUACUAAUUUCUACAUUGUAGAAUAAUAGUGAAGACAUCAAAACUAUGAAAUUACACAUGGAAUCAUGUAGUAACCAAAAAAGUCUUAAACAAAUCAAAAUAUAUUUGAGAUUCUUCAAAUAGCCACCCUUUGCCUUGAUGACAGCUUUGCACACUCUUGGCAUUCUCUCAACCAGCUUCACCUGGAAUGCUUUCCAACAGUCUUGAAGGAGUUCCCAGAAAUGCUGAGUAUUUGUUGGCUGCUUUUCCUUCACUCUGCGGUCCGACUCAUCCCAAACCAUCUCAAUUGGGUUGAGGUCGGGGGAUUGGGGAGGCCAGGUCAUCUGAUGCAGCACUCCAACACUCUCAUUCUUUGUAAAAUAGCCCUUACACAGCCUGGAGGUGUGUUGGGUAAUUGUCCUGUUGAAAAACAAAUGAUUGUCCCACUAAGCCCAAACCAGAUGGGAUGGCGUAUUGCUGCAGAAUGCUGUGGUAGCCAUGCUGGUUAAGUGUGCCUUGAAUUCUAAAUAAAUCACACAGUCUCACCAGCAAAGCAUCCCCACACCGUAACACCUCCUCCAUGAUUUACGGUGGGAAAUACACAUGUGGAGAUCCACACCGCGUCUCACAAACACACGGCGGUUGGAAUCAAAAAUCUCAAAUUUGGACUCCAGACCAAUGGACAAAUUUCCACCGGUCUAAUGUCCGUUGCUGAUGUUUCUUGGCCCAAGCAAGUCUCUUCUUCCUAUUGGUGUCCUUUUAGUAGUGGUUUCUUUCCAGCAAUUCGACCAUGAAGGCCUGAUUCACACAGUCUCGUCUGAACAGUUGAUGUUGAGAUGUGUCUGUUACUUCAACUCUGAAGUAUUUAUUUGGGCUGCAAUUUCUGAGGCUGGUAACUCUAAUGAACUUAUCCUCUGCAGCAGAGGUAACUCUGGGUCUUCCAUUCCUGUGGCGGUCCUCAUGAGAGCCAGUUUCAUCAUAGCGCUUGAUGGUUUUUGCGACUGCACUUGAAGAAACGUUCAAAGUUCUUGAAAUUUUCCGUAUUGACUGACCAUUUCUCUUUGUUUAUUUGAGCUGUUCUUGCCAUAACAUGGACUUGGUCUUUUACCAAAUAGGGCUAUCUUCUGUAUACCCUCCCUACCUUGUCACAACACAACUGAUUGGCUCAAAUGCAUUAAGAAGGAAAUAAAUUCCACAAAUUAACUUUUAAGAAGGCACACCUGUUAAUUGAAAUGCGUUCCAGGUGACUACCUCAUGAAGCUGGUUGAGAGAAUGCCAAGAGUGUGCAAAGCUGUCAUCAAGGCAAAGGGUGGCUAUUUGAAGAAUCUCAAAUAUAAAAUAUAUUUUGAUUUGUUUAACCCUUUUUUGGUUACUACAUGAUUCCAUAUGUGUUAUUUCAUAGUUUUGAUGUCUUCACUAUUCUACAAUUUAAAAAAUUGUAAAAAUAAAGAAAAAUAAUUGAAUGAGUAGGUGUGUCCAAACUUUUGACUGGUAGUGUAUAUAUAUAUAUAUUUUAUACCUUCCUUUUAAAAUUGUCCCCUAACCCUACCACCCCUCCCCUAAUUGGAGUAAAUUAAUGGACAACAACACUUAGGCUUCUACUUCCAGCAUAUACAUACUAUAUACAUUUUACAGACACAGUAUAUUUUACAAUAGUUAUCUUUUGUUUGUUUUUAGUCCCAUCCUUCAGCUACCCUCAACCCCUCCCAUCUAUCCCUGAAGACCAUCCAGUUUUGAUUUCUAUUUGCCAUAUAUUUUUUAACUGUGCUGUUUCACAAAAGUUCUGAACCUGUAUACAUUUUACGGACACAGUAUAUUUUACAUUAGUUAUCUUGUUAUUUUUAGUCAGUUCAUAAACCAUGUGCCAUGGAAUCAGUACAUUGAAAAUCUCUUCCCAACUAUUUUGCAAUCUAUAUGGCACAGCUGUCACUUUUUUGGUCCUUAAAUUAAACUGUUAUACUUUUUUAUUUAACACAAUUUUCUUUAACCAAUUUUGGUCUUUAAUGCAGGGUCGACAGACAAGUUCCUUACUUUCUCCCCCUUCCACCAGCCUCUUACAUUUUUGCGGUAAUGCUGUAAUUAGUUGGUUGUAAUUUUGAGUAGAGCAGACGUUUCCAUAUAUUUUUGAUAGCUGCAUGUGUGACAACUCCACCAGUCCUAUUUUAUUAUAUAAUUUACAAAGAUUAUACAAUUUUUAAACAUUUGUUCCCAAAAUAUUGUUUAAAAAAAUUAAUUAGUAUAUUUGAGUUUAACCAUAAUAUUUGUUGUAAUUGUAGUUCUGUCUUUUCUGGUGGAUUAAACUGAAAUUACAACCAACUUUCUAUGUCAUGUUUAAAAAAAAAAGCGAUAUAAAUGACUCCUAGUGAGAGGUUGUAAUCUGAAUAAAGGGAAAAAGGCCAUUCUUGAACAUGGGGUGGGACAUUCUUACUAAUCUGCUAGAGAACCAGUUUGGACUUUUGUAUGACUGAAGCCUUUAGGGAGAGGUCUAAUGCUUUAAUAUUUAAUCAUUUCAGCCCUCCUAAUUCAUAUUCAUUAUAUAAAUAGGCCCGUUUAAUUUUGUCUGGCUUGCCUUUCCAAAUAAAAUUGAAUAUUUUUUGCUCAUAUAAUUUAAAAAGCAAGACGCUAGGUGUAGUUAAGGCCAUAAGCAAAUAGUUAAACUGGGUGAUUUCUCCACAAAUAGACAGGUAUUUAUAUAUAUUUUUAUGUCCGCUGGCUUUACCAUCGUUUCUCAUACAACAAAUUCAAAUAUUUUUUUCCCCCCCAGAAUCCAAUUUAGGACGUUGUGGGUUUCGCGGGUCAUCACACAUUGGAGUUCCAUACAGCACCUCCAAGGUAUUGAUCUCAUUUCAUACCUCCACACAUUUGAAACGCAUCCUUGUUCAACGGACAGUUGAAGUCGGAAGUUUACAUACACCUUAGCCAAAUACAUUUAAACUCAGUUUUUCACAAUUCUUGACGUUUAAUCCUAGUACAAAUUCCCUGUCUUAGGUCAGUUAGGAUCACCACUUUAUUUUAAGAAUGUGAAAUGUCAGAAUAAUGGUAGAGAGAAUUAUUUAUUUCAGCUUUUAUUUCUUUCAUCACAUUCCCAGUGGGUCAGAAGUUUACAUACUCAAUUAGUAUUUAGUAGUAUUGCCUUUAAAUUGUUUAACUUGGGUCAAACGUUUCGGGUAGCCUUCCACAAGCUUCCCACAAUAAGUUGGGUGAAUUGUGGCCCAUUCCUCCUGACAGAGCUGAUGUAACUGAGUCAGGUUUGUAGGCCUCCUUGCUCGCACAUGCUUUUUCAGUUCUGCCCACAGAUUUUCUAUAGGAUUGAGGUCAGGGCUUUGUAAUGGCCGCUCCAUUACCUUGACUUUGUUGUCCUUAAGCCAUUUUGCCACAACUUUGGACGUAUGCUUGGGGUCAUUGUCCAUUUGGAAGACCCAUUUGCGACCAAGCUUUAACUUCCUGACUGAUGUCUUGAGAUGUUGCUUCAAUAUAGCCACAUAAUUUUCCUUCCUCAUGAUGCCAUCUAUUUUGUGAAGCGCACCAGUUCCUCCUGCAGCAAAGCACCCCCCACAGCAUGAUGCUGCCACCCCCGUACUUCACGGUUGGGAUGGUGUUCUUCGGCUUGCAAGCCACCCUCUUUUUCCUCCAAACAUAACGAUGGUCGUUAUGGCCAAACAGUUCUAUUUUUGUUUCAUCAGACCAGAGGACAUUUCUCCAAAAAGUAUGAUAUUUGUCCCCAUGUGCAGUUGCAAACCGUACUCUGGCUUUUUUAUGGCGGUUUUGGAGCAGUGGCUUCUUCCUUGCUGAGCGGCCUUUCAGGUUAUGUCGAAAUUGGACAUUUUGGAAAUUGCUCCCAAGGAUGAACCAGACUUGUGGAGGUCUACAAUGUUUUCUGAGGUCUCGGCUGAUUUCUUUUGAUUUUCCCAUGAUGUCAAGCAAAGAGGCACUGAGUUUGAAGGUAGGCCUUGAAAUACAUCCACAGGUACACCUCCAAUUGACUCAAAUGAUGGCAAUUAGCCUAUCAGAAACUUCUAAAUCCAUGAUAUCAUUUUCUGGAAUUUUCCAAGCUGUUUAAAGGCACAGUCAACUUAGUGUAUGUAAUCUUCUGACCCACUGGAAUUGUGAUACAGUGAAUUAUAAGUGAAAUAAUCUGUCUGUAAACAAUUGUUGGAAAAAUUACUUGUGUCAUGCACAAAGUAGAUGUCCUAACCGACUUGCCAAAACUAUAGUUUGUUAACAAGAAAUUUGUGGAGUGGUUGAAAAACGAGUUUUAAUGACUCCAACCUAAGUGUAUGUAAACUUCCGACUUCAACUGUAUUGAUUAAGUGGUUGCCGUUAAAGGUAUAGUUUGAAGAUUUUAGCAAUGAAGCCCUUUAUCUACUUCCCUAGAGGCAGAUGAACUUGUGGAUACCAUUUAUGUCUAUGUGUACAGUAUGAAGGGAGUUAGAGGUAGUUUCAUGAGCCAAUCCUAACUAGCGUUACCGCAAUGACUGGAAGUCUUCGGGAUCAGCUAGCAUGCUUCAUUGCCAAAAUCUCAAACUAUCCCUUUAAAUGUCUAUGCAGCCCAAUUCUGGUAUUUUGCCCAAUUAUUGGCAUUAAUGCUGAUCUGAUUGGUCCAAAAAAAAAGGAAAAAGGUCCUAAUUGGGCUGCCUGUGUAAACACAGCCUAUGUAAGCUAGCUGUUUAAAUCAAAUUGCCUCCUCAGGGCCCAGGAGUAUCCCACCCGUAUGACAGUGGCCAUGUGGCCAUGACGUACACUGGCCUGGCCUGCCUGGUCCUACUGGGGGACGACCUGAGUCGUGUCAAUAAGGAGGCCUGUCUAAUGGGCCUGAAAGCCCUGCAGCUGGAGGACGGAAGGUAAACACCUAGUCACUCUCCUCUGCAGUUUACUCUCAUGUGUUCUUUACCAGAUCUACUAACAAUUAGUUCAUUUUCUUUUCUCUGGUAGUGCCUUGAGCAAGGCACUUAACUCAUACAAUUGCUCCAGGGGCACUGCACUGCGCCUGACCCAAUGCGUCCCACCCCCAUGGGGAGUUGGGUUGGGAGCAUAAAGACACAUUUAUGUUCUCUGCAUGUUAUUGGACAGUAAAGUAUUCUUCUUCUUAAUGUGAGUUUUUGGGACUUUAUAACUCUUUUGUGCGUUAUGUGAAAGGAGACCUGUUUUAACCAUGUCAAUGGUGAGAACACUGUGUCAGACAGAUCACUGCGUCUUGUUUGAAAGUAUUGUUCUGAGAGGAUUUAACCAGUAAAACCCUUUGACACAGCGAACCUCGUCCUUACAAGUCCCAAAAAAAAGCCAUUUAACGUCUGCUGUGAUGUCUGCUUUCAGUUUCUAUGCCGUUCCAGAGGGAAGUGAAAAUGACAUGAGGUUUGUGUACUGCGCAGCAUGCAUUUGCUACAUGCUCGACGACUGGUCGGGCAUGGACAUCAAGAAGGCCAUCGACUACAUCAGGGGAAGUAUGGUAAGUCAGCUGUUUCACUUAGUCUCCGUCAUCAAGCAUCCUUCGUCCCUGAGCCUUGUCUGUAUUCUCUAGAAGGGUUCAACCCUCAACCACUGGCCUCUUUCUACUAAAUGUACUCUCAAAUACUCAAAUCUACUUGCUAGAUUGUAAAACUGUGUUUUAACCCAACGCUGGUUUAACACAGUGUUUAUUUCUCGUAUCAUAGACAACACAUCAGAGAGGUAGGCCAACAUCAAACAACUCAUUUUGAAGGUGCAUUGGAAUCAAAGGGCCCUCUCCUGUUACCUGCCUGUCUCUACGACCCUCUCCUGUUACCUGCCUGUCUCUACGACCCUCUCCUGUUACCUGCCUGUCUCUACGACCCUCUCCUGUUACCUGCCUGUCUCUACGACCCUCUCCUGUUACCUGCCUGUCUCUACGACCCUCUCCUGUUACCUGCCUGUCUCUACGACCCUCUCCUGUUACCUGCCUGUCUCUACGACCCUCUCCUGUUACCUGCCUGUCUGUACGACCCUCUCCUGUUACCUGCCUGUCUCUACGACACUCUCCUGUUACCUGCCUGUCUCUACGACACUCUCCUGUUACCUGCCUGUCUCUACGACCCUCUCCUGUUAACAGCCUGUCUCUACGGCCCUCUCCUGUUACCUGCCUGUCUCUACGGCCCUCUCCUGUAAACAGCCUCUACGACCCUCUCCUGUUAACAGCCUGCCUCUACGACCCUCUCCUGUUACCUGCCUGUCUCUACGACACCGUCCUGUUACCUGCCUGUCUCUACGACACUCUCCUGUUACCUGCCUGUCUCUACGACCCUCUCCUGUUACCUGCCUGUCUCUAUGACCCUCUCCUGUUACCUGCCUGUCUCUACGACCCUCUCCUGUUACCUGCCUGUCUCUACGACCCUCUCCUGUUACCUGCCUGUCUCUACGACCCUCUCCUGUUAACAGCCUGUCUCUACGGCCCUCUCCUGUUACCUGCCUGUCUCUACGGCCCUCUCCUGUAAACAGCCUCUACGACCCUCUCCUGUUAACAGCCUGCCUCUACAACCCUCUCCUGUUAACAGCCUCUACGACCCUCUCCUGUUACCAGCCUAGCUCUACGACCCUCUCCUGUUACCAGCCUAGCUCUACGACCCUCUCCUGUUAACAGCCUGUCUCUACGACCCUCUCCUGUUAACAGCCUGUCUCUACGACCCUCUCCUGUUACCAGCCUGCCUCUACGACCCUCUCCUGUUAACAGCCUCUACGACCCUCUCCUGUUACCAGCCUCUUUACAGUCCACGUCUUCAGAGAGAAACAGUUUACACAGAAUUCACCCCAACACAAAAAGUCUGAGGGUUUUGUUACAUCCUCUCUUCAUGCUCCCCUAUGGGGGAUGUGAGGCCAGACGGAGGUGAGGAGAGCAGGCACUACUGGAUCCUGCUGGGUCUGAUGAAAGUGAUGGUCUCCCCUGUGAUCUCCCCUGCCUUCCUAUGUAGUCCUACAAAAUAUGAUGUAAUCCAGUCUACACUCCACAGGGCAGGCAGCUGUAUUCCUGUCUAGGUGGCUGUAGUGGAUUACCCUGAGUUGUGGUGUGUGUGUGUGUGUGUGGGCCAUGCUGUUGGCUGGUUUUUAAGAGGGCUCCAGGGUUAUUCUCAGAUGCCUAUAAAUAGAGGAUAUGAUCCCACGGGAGAGAAGGCCUUACCAGACUCUAAUCCUCUUACUCAUUCAAAUUUGGUGGGAUUUUUAACCCUUGAGGCGUGGAGCUACAGUAAGCAUCACUACCUUCAACAUUGUUACUUCCUCAUUGUCCCCAAAGCUGGUCUGUCUCAUCAAGUGUGUGUAUGAUGUGUGGUUUAGUACGGUAAGCAAGCAGCACUGUGGACACGUGUUCAUGGAUUGCUCCACGUGGUCAUUGAUUGAGCAGCUUGUUUCCUGAGCUCUCCUUACAUCAUAGAUCACAUCUGUCACACCACACUUGAUCUGAAAGUUAUUACAUGGUUUUAGUGACGGCUGUCCAUUUCUCACAUGGUCUUGCUGCUUUGUUUGUCUAAUAGUCUGAAUGUUGUUUUUGCUUCCUUAGUCAUAUGACAAUGGCAUUGGCCAGGGGGCUGGAUUGGAAUCGCAUGGUGAGUAUGACAGGCAGCACUCAAGGUUGAUGGAUAUUAUGGGUCUAGAAAGGGAUUAGCCAUUAGUCCAAAACCAUACUACAACAAAUAUCCUUACAGUUUUUUUGUUUUUGUUUUUUAACUCUUUUCACAAGUAUGUGGUACAUUUUCACAACUCUUAGUACAAAACUCCAAACUGGUCACACUUGUAAUGCGGCCAGUCUUUCAUUCAAAACCUGUCAUUGUGCAUUAAUUUGGAUUGUAAACAUCGCUCACCACACAACCAUUGAUUCAAAAUAUAAGUUUAUUGUGAGAUUUAAUGAGAACAUUGGUUUAAUCACCAAGACACAACAUAAUGAUACACUAUAUAUACAAUAUAUAUAGGAUGUGGACAUCCCUUCAAAUUAGUGGAAUCGGCUAUUUCAGCCACACCCGUUGCUGACAGGUGUAUAAAAUCGAGCACACCGCCAUGCAAUCUCUAUAAACAAACAUUGGUAGUAGAAUGGCCUUACUGAAGAGCUCAGUGACUUUCAAUGUAGCACCGUCAUAGGAUGUCACCUUUCCAACAAGUCAGUUCGUCAAAUUUCUGCCCUGCUACGUCUAGGAGCAACAACGGCUCAGCCGUGAAGUGGUAGGCCACACAAGCUCACAGAACGGGACCGGCAAGUGCUGAAGCGCGUACACCCUGUCUUGAGCAGUUGGCCAUAAAUUCUCAUCCACAUCACUGAAUGUCCUCAUUGUUCAUGCGCCGCAGGAAAAACCUUUCGGCAUGGCGAAUCCAAGCUUGACAUUGGUCUGCAUUGAUGUCGUCGCAUGCCUCAUCCAUGGCCAGAAGGCAUGCUCAUGGGGAGGGUGAUCGUAGACCUUCCAACUCCAUGCUGAAAAUAAUUCCUCAAUAGUGUUGAGGAAAGGAGAGUAUGGGGGCAGGUAUAGGGUCAUGAAUCGGGGAUGGGCCCGAAACCAUGCCUGAACCACCUCUGCAUGGUGGAACCUGACAUUGUCCCACACAAUGACAUAGGUGACCAAGUCACCUUGACAGGCCUGCUAAAUUUAAUUGAGAAACACAAUGAGGUGUGCAGCAUGGUAGGAUCUACAGUGAGGGAAAAAAGUAUUUGAUCCCCUGCUGAUUUUGUACAUUUGCCCACUGACAAAGACAUGAUCAGUCUAUAAUUUUAAUGGUAGGUUUAUUUGAACAGUGAGAGACAAAACAACAAAAAAUCCAGAAAAACGCAUGUCAAAAAUUUUAUAAAUUGAUUUGCAUUUUAAUGAGGGAAAUAAGUAUUUGACCCCUCUGCAAAACAUGACUUAGUACUUGGUGGCAAAAACCUUGUUGGCAAUCACAAAGGUCAGACGUUUCUUGUAGUUGGCCACCAGGUUUGCACACAUCUCAGGAGGGACAUUUGGCAACUCGAACCUUCAGCUCCCUCCACAGAUUUUCUAUGGGAUUAAGGUCUGGAGACUGGCUAGGCCACUCCAGGACCUUAAUGUGCUUCUUCUUGAGCCACUCCUUUGUUGCCUUGGCCGUGUGUUUUGGGUCAUUGUCAUGCUGGAAUACCCAUCCACAACCCAUUUUCAAUGCCCUGGAUUCGAACCAGGAUCUCUAGUGGCACAGUUAGCACUGCGAUGCAGUGCCUUAGACCUCUGCGCCACCCAUCCACGACCCAUUUUCAAUGCCCUGGCUGAAGGAAGGAGGUUCUCACCCAAGAUUUGACGGUACAUGGCCCCAUCCAUCGUCCCUUUGAUGCGGUGAAGUUGUCCUGUCCCCUUAGCAGAAAAACACCCCCAAACAUAAUGUUUCCACCUCCAUGUUUGAUGGUGGGGAUGGUGUUCUUGGGGUCAUAGGCAGCAUUCCUCCUCCUCCACACACGGCGAGUUGAGUUGAUGCCAAAGAGCUCGAUUUUGGUCUCAUCUGACCACAACACUUUCACCCAGUUCUCCUCUGAAUCAUUCAGAUGUUCAUUGGCAAACUUCAGACGGGCCUGUAUAUGUGCUUUCUUGAGCAGGGGGACCUUGCGGGCGCUGCAGGAUUUCAGUCCUUCACGGCAUAGUGUGUUACCAAUUGUUUUCUUGGUGACUAUGGUCCCAGCUGCCUUGAGAUCAUUGACAAGAUCCUCCCGUGUAGUUCUGGGCUGAUUCUUCACCGUUCUCAUGAUCAUUGCAAAUCCACGAGGUAAGAUCUUGCAUGGAGCCCCAGGCCGAGGGAGAUUGACAGUUAUUUUGUGUUUCUUCCAUUUGCGAAUAAUCGCACCAACUGUUGUCACCUUCUCACCAAGCUGCUUGGCGAUGGUCUUAUAGCCCAUUCCAGCCUUGUGUAGGUCUACAAUCUUGUCCCUGACAUCAUUGGAGAGCUCUUUGGUCUUGGCCAUGGUGGAGAGUUUGGAAUCUGAUUGAUUGAUUGCUUCUGUGGACAGGUGUCUUUUAUACAAGUAACAAGUUGAGAUUAGGAGCACUCCCUUUAAGAGUGUGCUCCUAAUCUCAGCUCGUUAUCUGUAUAAAAGACACCUGGGAGCCAGAAAUCUUUCUGAUUGAGAGGGGGUCAAAUACUUAUUUCCCUCAUUAAAAUGCUAAUCAAUUUAUAACAUUUUUACAUGCGUUUUUUCCUGGAUUUUUUUGUUGUUAUUCUGUCUCUCACUGUUCAAAUAAACCUACCAUUAAAAUUAUAGACUGAUCAUUUCUUUGUCAGUGGGCAAACGUACAAAAUCAGCAGGGGAUCAAAUACUUUUUCCCUCACUGUAAGUAAUGGCCUAUGUCCUACCACACCAUCUACAGAGAUAGCUUCGCACAUGGAGAUGUUUCCCCCACGUUGUCCAGGCACUUGGACAGUCGCCCGUUGGCCGACGAGGUUCCGCCCACGGAGCCGUGUUUUGGCCAGGUUGAAGCCCGCUUCAUCAACAAAGAUAGACUUGUGAUGAUUCACAGCAGCAUCAAGCACAUUUUACAUUUACAUUUUAGUCAUUUAGCAGACGCUCUUAUCCAGAGCGACUUACAGUUAGUGAGUGCAUACAUAAUUAAAAAUAAAAAUAAAAUACAUACUUUUUUUCAUACUGGCCCCCCGUGGAAGCACCAUCACCCUCUAACAAUAUAUUUUGGUUAGUUCUUUUUACAGUAUAGUUCCAUUAUGAUAUUGUGAAGUAGCUUGUGCAUUAAUAGUAACAAUAAUACAGUAUACAUGUACAGUAUGGGGCUGUACCUGAACAUACUCGGCCCACAGUUGUUUCACCCGGUCGUUGUUUCUCUCAAAAGGCACCAGGUAAAUGUUUUUCAUAGAUACCUGGUGUCUCUUCAAAAGGCACCAGGUAAAUGUGUUCCAUAGAUACCUGGUGUCUCUUCAAAAGGCACCAGGUAAAUGUGUUCCAUAGAUACCUGGUGUCUCUUCAAAAGGCACCAGGUAAAUGUGUUCCAUAGAUACCUGGUGUCUCUUCAAAAGGCACCAGGUAAAUGUGUUCCAUAGAUACCUGGUGUCUCUUCAAAAGGCACCAGGUAAAUGUGUUCCAUAGAUACCUGGUGUCUCUUCAAAAGGCACCAGGUAAAUGUGUUCCAUAGAUACCUGGUGUCUCUUCAAAAGGGUGGUGAUUGUUGGUAGGCUGAUGGAUGCCACAUUGGCAAAGGUGUCAUCGUUCUCCUCAAUGGCCUGCUUUAUUUCAGACAGCCGUAUGUCAUUCCUGGCCCUCACCAUUUCCACCACUGCCCACUCCUGCUGGUCGGUCAGUACACAGCCACUGGGUCUUCUGUCAAUUCUGAGGGUAGAACCGAGUAUACUGUCAAUAGAUCAUACUGUAAGAAUACUGUAAUAUGUUUUGUGAAUUUACAUGCAUUACAAUAUGUAAUGGUAAAGCAUAGUGCAUAUCCUGCAGACUUACCGGUUUUCUUGGCGAAAUGUUCUCAUGAUUGAAUUGACAGUUGAUCUUUCCAGAUUUGGGUGAACUAAUCUAGCAGCCUCUGCCAUGGUAAGGCCUCUGUUUACCACAUGGUCAACGACGAUGGCCCGGACUUCAUUAGACACAACAGUUCCCUGCCCGUCUGCCUCCCUCUCUCUGAUGUCCACCUCUUUGACAGGGCCCUUUUAUAUGGUGACCAAUUGUGGUUCCCACUGUGAAAUCAAUUAGCAAUAACGAGUAAUGUCGUAGCCGGCCGCGACCGGGAGACCCAUGGGGCGGCGCACAAUUGGCCCAGCGUCGUCCAGGGUAGGGGAGGGAAUUGCCGGCAGGGAUGUAGCUCAGUUGGUAGAGCAUGGCGUUUGCAACGCCAGGGUUGUGGGUUCGAUUCCCACGGGGGGCCAGUAUGAAAAGUAUAAAUAAUGUAUGCACUCACUAACUGUAAGUCGCUCUGGAUAAGAGCGUCUGCUAAAUGACUAAAAUGUAAAUGAGGAGUCAUGUAUGGUUAUCAUGUAUCAUACAUGUAAUAUAGAUGUUUAUACUUGACAAACACACAUUUUAUUUCUGUAGUUCUCAAAAUCCAUAUAUAGUCUACGAACCAUUUAAAAAAUCUAUAGGUUUACCAAACAGUUAAGUGGUUAACCAUUAAGCGCAGUUGGAAUAAGUGAUGGUCAAGUGUAUUUAAACACAUGAGAAGAGAAUAACAAUGUAUUGUGAGGCAAUUACUUCUAACGAAAGGUAUUUCUAGAGGAAACACUGAUUUUAGGUUUGGUGAAAAAGUUACUGUGUGAUUUUGUGUGUUGUACUUAGUCAAUAGAUUUUUUUGUUGAAAAAACUACCUUUUUCAUUAUCUGUUUUGAGUUUUGUACUAAGAGUUGUGAACUUUUACCACAUACUUGUGAAAACAGUACCAAAGUGAUUUUAAAAAAACACUGUAAUUCCUGCCAAUUAAACCCUAUUAUUUCAGGGAUACUCCAGGCUUAGCUAAGCUACUGCCGGGAGAGAUUUGCGUAAUAAACCAUGGCACGUUACACAAAGCAUUUCUAUCAGUUCAGUUCAAGUAAUACAAUUAUAACCUUUAUUCAACCCUGGAUGCAAACCGUACCAAUUUUUUUGGAAUGGCUUGAUCAUUCGUAUUAUCUCAAAUAGGUAGGUACACACAUUCCUCUUAACUAUCUGCAGAGUGCAAGGUCCUCCCUCAUUGUUAAUGGCCUACACACAGAGCUGUUCCCCGGGCAGAUUUAUACGCCGCCUCGGCAUCUUCCCCCGCAAUUACACCUCUGCAGUUGAGAAGUGAUGAGAAGGCUCUGAUGCUGAUGUUGUGACAGUUGAAAAGGGAAACGGGUGAUGGAUAGUGGCGCUGUGCCGGUGGCUGAUAAACCCUGUCAUUAGGCUGUCUGUCUGUCUUUCUGUCUGCCAGGUGGGUCCACGUUCUGUGCCGUCGCCGCACUGAGUCUGAUGGGCAAAUUAGAGGAAAUGUUCAGCCAGCGCGAGCUGAACAGGAUACGCCGCUGGUGCAUCAUGAGACAGCAGAACGGCUUCCACGGCCGCCCCAACAAGCCCGUCGACACGUGUUACUCCUUUUGGGUGGGCGCCACACUGGAGGUAACGGGAACUAGGCUGGAACCGCUGCAGACGUACCAGCGUACCUUUUUACGGUCCAUUAACGUUGCUUUAUUAUCGAAGCGCCUAAUUCUAACCUUUCCCAUUCUCAGCUCCUAGAUGUCUUUCAGUACACUAAUUUCGAGAAGAACCGGAACUACAUCUUGUCAACUCAGGACCGUUUGGUGGGCGGCUUCGCUAAAUGGCCAGACAGUCACCCAGGUAAGGUUACAGGUGUGGAUAGGGUGGGAGGGAGUGUUGGCCUUUGUCAGUGGAAACCUCUCGUAAGCUAACACCCAAGGGGCUGGGAUGUCUAAUUGAUGAGGUUAUUGUCCAGAACGAGCCCUCAGGACACAGGAGUGGAACAGGCCUCACGUUACAGGAACUGUUUGCUUCUCAGGCCAUCUAGAUGGAGAAUAUAGAGAACAAGAAGACAGAACUGUCAUGCAAAGUGAUUGUGAGUGCAUACAAUGUAGUCUAAUAGUUUUAAUAUAAUUUUGUAUUAUUUCAUAGUUUUUAUGUUGAUUGUCUUUAAAGUCCCAGAUGCAGUUAAUAUUGUACGCAGAAGCACUAAACAGAAAUGCAUCGUCAUCAUUGAAGUACACAAGUCCUUUAAGAACAUUUCCACAGGACCUUGAGUCAUAAUUCAUGUCGAAAUGGCUCUUUAAUUGAUUUGAAUGUCUGCUUCCAAUCUGUUGUCUUUUCAUUAUAAUUCAGUAAUGGUACAUUUACUGUGCCUGGAAGGCUUUUAGUAGAGUCCCAUGGGAGAUGGAUGGUUGAAAGGGGCCAUGGUGCAUUAUUUAAAGCUCCCUUAAAGGGCCAGUCCAACAACAAUGCAUCCAUUGACUGUUGUAGCUGGUUAUUACUCAUGAAUACUGCAAUUUAGGUCGUAAGUAUCAUAUACUUGGUUUCAUGUACAGUUCUUCUCUCAAGUACUGUGUACCAACCUAUUCAUAGGUUCCUAAGAAAAUAUAAAUGUAUGAUUAUUAUUUAAAAUGUCAUUAGAAAUUCUAUAGAGUAGAAGACUGUAUUAUCAAAAGACAAAGUAUGGAAAAGGGUUGUGAUGUUUGAUUCAAGACAAACUUUAUACUGAACAAAAAUAUAAACGCAACAUGCAACAAUUUAAUUGAUUUGACUGUGUUACAGUUCAUAUGAGGAAAUCAGUCAAUUGAAAUAAAUUCAUUAGGCCCUAAUCUAUGGAUUUCACAUGACUGGGAAUACAGAUGUGCAUCUGUUGGUCACAGAUACCUUUCGAAAAAUAUAUGGGCCUCGGGAUCUCGUCACUGUGUUUUUGUGCAUUCAAAUUGCCAUUGAUAAAAUGCAAUUGUGUUCAUUGUCCGUAGCUUAUGCCUGCCCAUACUAUAACCCCACCGCCACCCUGGGGCACUCUGUUCACAACAUCGGCAUUAGCAAACUGCUCUCCGACUUUGUCUGCAGUUGUAAGGCUGGUUGGAUGUACUGCCAAAUUCUCUAAAACGACGUUGGAGGCGGCUUAUGGUAGAGAAAUUAACAUUAAAUUCUCUGGCAACAGCUCUGGUGGACAUUCCUGCAGUCAGCAUUCCAAUUGCAUGCUCCCUCAAAACUUGAGACAUCUGAGGCAUUGUGUUGUGUGAUAAAAGUGCACAUUUUAGAGUGGCAUUUUAUUGUCCCAGCACAAGGUGCACCUGUUUUAAUGAUCAUGCUGUUUAAUCAGCUUCUUGAUAUGCCACACCUGUCAGGUGGAUGGAUUAUCUUGGCAAAUGAGAAAUGCUCACUAGCAGGGAUGUAAACAAAUUUGUAAACAACAUUUGAGAGAAAUAAGCUUUUUGGGCGUAAGGAACAUUUCUGGGAUCUUUUUAUUUCAGCUCAUGAAACAUGGGACCAACACUUUACAUGUUGCGUUUAUUUUUUUGUUCAGUGUAAUUGAGAUCAGACGUAUUGGCAACCUGCCAAUUAUCAUGUCAAGAUCUGUUUUAUUAAAAAGCGUUUAGUCAGUCCAUCGUGACAGGUGUUGCUGUAUACCAGGUGUUGAUGUAUACCAUUUAAACCUGUUUUGGUAGCACUUUAUAUUUAUUUCAUGAUUUACUUCAUGAUAUUUCACGUGGGGCAAAUGUAAGGUUGUUAAAGGAGCUGUGUGGAACUGGUUUUCUAUGCGUUUAAAAGCCCAUGGCUGCGUUCCAGGCUGACUACAUUGCAGACACCUGCCAUAUUUCACAAUGCCUGGAUAGGUAUUUUAACAUAUCAGCUAACCACAUCAUAUGAUAUAGCAUUCUGAUGUUCGACUGUGCAGUCGAUGAUGUGGAACGCAACCAUUGGUUGACGCAAUAGACCUGGAACGCGACCAAAGCCACAGUGCCUUUUAAAGUGGCAGGUGCUGAGGCGCGUCACUUGGCUGACCUACUUUCCUCCUCUCCUCUCCCGUCUGUUCCAGACCCGCUGCACGCCUACUUCGGGAUCUGUGGCCUGUCUCUUAUAGGAGAGGCCACCCUGCGGCGAGUUCACCCCGCCCUAAACGUGAGCCAGAGGGCCUUUGAGUAUCUGCAGCAUCUACACCAGACGUGGAGAGGCACCUGCACCUGACGGCAACAUUCCCCCCAGACCCCUGCCCCAGCCUCCAAGCACCACCACCACCACAGCCCCUAAGCCAUGCACAGCCUUUCCCCCCUCAGUUAACUUAGCAGUAGAAAUGAUAGUGGGUAGACAAAGGACACAGUCCCACUGAAAUGGCGGGGGGGGGG